CGUAAUUUUGCGGUAAACAAGCCUAAUAUUACGGAAGAUACCAGUUUGCCCUUGGCCGAAACUAUAUUCUUGGCUGACAGUUGGUUUCACCUGACGAUUGAGAAAGCCCAACACGCUGCUAAUUUUUGGGAAACCGACGGAUUAUCUCAACGAAAUCUCCGCUCCGUAUGUUAAAUUUCACUACUCGUGGUUAGAUGUUGCUUUCGAACGUCCAAACCAACUAGUUUCAGUGUUUGUAGGGGUUAUGGCGGCCACAGCAUGGAUUAUUGUUUUCCUCGUUGUGGUUAACUGUUUAGUGCUGGGAGAGAAGAAACGGGAAUACAAACUAGGCCUUCUCAUUCCCUUCAGGAAAGUCACUCCACAUUUUCAGAACGAUUACAACAAGGGGGAGUCGUUUGCAGCUGCUAUGACAAUCGCCGUGGAACGAAUAAACGCGGACCCAACGCUCUUGUCAGAUUAUAAUUUGACAUUUGAGUGGAAAGACACAGAGUGCAACGAACUGAUUGCUGUUCGCGAGCAGCUAAAUCAAAUUAAUUCUGGAGUACAAGCUUUUAUAGGACCCGGCUGUUAUUGCCAGACGGCGGCGAAAAAUGCUGCGGCAUUCAAUAUGACGAUGAUAUCCUUCGUGAGUAUGCAAUCUUUCAUGUUGUGCAGUUUAAUAUCGGCUUUUCUACGCUGAAUGAUUUUGUUUUGUGCUAAAUUUUGUUGUUUUGUUAGUCAUAAAAUGUAUAUCUUAACAGUUCAAAUCAGAAACGAAUUACAAAGGUCUUCUUUCAACAACGGUAAAUAAUAAUUCUUAAUCAUCUUGUUGGAUAUUUGGACUGAUGUCUUCCAUUUUUUCCAGCUGAUUUGUAUACAGUUUUCGAGAAGUUUGUAUUACAAACGCACUAAUUGCUCAGUUUUUGUUUCAUAUCGACCUCCUUGAGGUAUCAUGUGAUAUAGUAUUUGAUUUAUAAUGUUACUUGUUUGAGACUACCAGUCCCGAUCGCUGCUCGUUUACAUCCCGCUUUUGUUUCAACUGAACGAUUUUAUACUAACUAAACACUCGAUCGAGAUACAUCCCACUUUCAAGCGGCGAUUAAGCUUGAGAUACGCAUAACAGGUGAGUUAAACUGUACAUCGGCAAGCAGAAAGCUGGAAAAAUAAGCGGUCAUAAUUUUUAUUCGAAUUUUUUUUUAUUAUUUUUGUCCUUUCAAUUCGCAAUUUAUGGGCAAAGGCAAGAUACUGUGAACAUUCAAGAACGCAAAUGGUUGUAGCUAGGCUUCUCUUUAUUAUUACUGUACGCAUUUGAUUAUCUUUUGAACAAGCGAAUGGAAGAAGGAAAUGCACCUUAUUUGUGUAAUGUGUAUUACGUACUUUGCAUUUAACAAAAAGGUUUUAAAAGAUUUGCAUCUGUCAGUAUGAUUUACGUUCUGGACUUCUAUUGAUUUGUGCUAAAAACAGAGAUGAAUCAUUAUCAGAGUAUUCUUGAUCCUUUUAUGUAAAGGGUAAAUACUUUUCAGAAUAGAAUUCAACAGUUUUUUUGCAUUUGUUAGCUUUACAUGUGCGAAGGGUUAUUGUUAAAUAGAACUGUUUCAGUCAAAAUUUAUCUAUUUUUUUGUUACAACUUUUUGUCCGUAUUUUUACCUUUCUUCGAAAAGCUGCAAUAAAGGAAAAUAAAUAUUUGACCUGAUUUGGGUUUUCCAAAAAAAAAAAUACAUAUUAAUUUCAGCACACCAUUUUUUGUUACUUUGAAAUGAUUUUAACCUCUGACAAAAACUUUUUGCAUGACAGGUGUAUUGUAUGAUUUAGGCUGUAGUACUUUUAGGGUCAUUGAGUUUUUAAAUGGAAAAAUAAAAACAAAUAGGCAAACAAGCAAACUUAUAAAUAGCAGGAUUGGCUGUCUAUAGUGGUCAAAUAUCUAAUUAAAACAUGAUGUCUCACAGCCAAAAAUGAAAACGAUUUAUACCAUCUGCUGGUUAAUCUUUGCAAACUUGACCUUCCCUAUGUUUAUUUUUGUGGUUCAUUUCAUGAUCAGGGAGAUAUGUUAAACAUUUCUCACCAAUUUCAGUCAAAUUUAUUCAAUUUGUCAAUCAGAUAUUUUAUAGUAUGUUUCCAUUCUUUAACAAUUUUUAAUUUUUGACUCCAUCACAGUGCACACAGUGACCUUUAUAAUCCCACUUGAGUAAAAAUAUCCCUUCCUGAAAAUAAAGGGAAAUUUGGAAGAUGUCCAACACAUGGCUCUUCAGAUGUUCAAGUGUUCUGUUAUAGAUAAUACAUACUAAAUAACUGCAGGGCAUAAAAUUUUCAUGUUUAGACAUCAGAUCAUGCCAUGUUCUUACAGUGGAAUCUCGAUAUAACAAACCUCUAUAUUACAAAGUCCUCGGAAAAACGAACGAUUUUCUUUACUCCAGUAAUAGUAAGAUAUAUAAAAAAGAACCUUGAUAUGACGAAACCUUGUUAUAGCGAAGAAAUUUUAUCAGUCCCUUGGCCCUUUGUUGUAUUAAGGUUCCAGUGUAAUUAUAGCAAAGUACACCCCUUUAUUCUGUCUUAUCUUAACAUCUCUACAACAGCCACCUCUUCAAAAUGACCUAACGUCCACUAAAUAUAGAAAUAUUUAUUGUGGUCCCAUCUACCAAAAUAACCUCACCACCAUUUUAUCCAUGUGAAGGCAAAAUUUAGUACAAAAAUGAUGUAAUCACUGACCGCAAUAUUUGCUCUUUUUCCUUUGAAUUUUUUUUGGUCAAACAUUUUAAUUGGUUUUUGGUGUGUUGAUUGUGUUGUGUACCAGAAUGAACAUUUUUUUAGAUUAAAUUAUAAUGUUCUACCCCCCCCCCCCCCCCCCCCAAAAAGAAAAAAAAUUCUGCAGCAUUAUAACCCUACCCCCCUAUAGCCCACAACCUUGUUACAAGGAUCGUUUUCCUAGGUGGCUGGUGUGGAGAUGUUUAACUGUAAAUAUGUUUCUUUGUUAUCUGUAUUUUCCUCUCUUUCCCCUUUGAUAAAAUGGCAUUGAAAAUGGGUAUUUUAAUAUGUCAGAUUUAUUUGUGUUAUGUUAAGGAGAGGUUUUAGAGGGAUGCCUAUAAUUAUUAGGCCUCUGACAUACUCAUAGGGCUGAUGGAGUUAGCUUCCCCUGCAGAUGUUCAUUUGGCUCAUCAUGCAAUCCUCCCCACCAAAGCAGUGUUCUCCCUAAAUUUUAGUUCAGCAGCUAAGGGACCAUUCAUAGCCAGUAAGACAAUGUGCACUUUACUGGGGGAGGGAGGGUGGUAGUAGAGUAAGCUAAGUUCUUUGAAAUGUCAUUCCCUCAUUUUAAGACCUACUUCACGCAAAUGGGCCGUUGUUAUAAAGACAACAAUUUAAAACGUUUGAUUCCAAUAAUUUUAUGCAGACUUCAAUGUUCUUUUACCAAAAUGCGUGGCCCCCAAAAAGAAAAGCUGUGUAUACUUUAGUACUUUUCUAUAUAUUCAUUCGUCUCUCUAUCGGAUCGGAUCACAACUUGCAGACGGUAAGAAGUGUUGCUUCAGGCAGUAAAUUUUACCGGUUACUGCCUGACAAAGAGAACACUGCCAAAGGGGAAUAAACGUAUGACAAAGCCCUAAGAAUGUCUGCUUGGGAGGCUCUGAUGGAGUUGGUGUGAAGAAUCGUAUAGGAACACUUUCCUGAGCCAAGUAACCUUGGCAUCAGCUACAGCUCUCUGCCUUAGAGAGGUGUCUAACUCAUGAAGGGUUUCUAUGAAAUAGAAACCCUCUUCUACACUGUAUGGUGAAGGUAAAAUCCCUGUUUGUAGGCACCCAACUGAAUUGAAUUAAGGCCGACCCAAAUUAUUUAGACCAGCUGAAUUGAUUGCCGACACCGAUCUUAAUUCUAGGCAAACUCAUUUCAAAAGAAGAAAAAUGCUCAUUUUGGUGAAACUGCUUGCAAAAGAUGUUAUAAUACAGGGUUGUCACUAAGAACGAGUUAACACAACAAGAAAGUGGGGAAUCAAACAGCUAGAGAUUUCUUUUGAUUCCAUUUUUCUUCUAUUUUCCAGUGAAAGUAGCCGGGGGAAAUCCCUGGCCCCUGGCUCGUAAUGACUGCCGUGCCAUUAUUUAUGCAUUAGGCUCAGCACAUGAAAAGUUUAGCAUCUGAAUCAAUGCUGCUCCAAAGUCACUUGUCCAUAAUUCCCUUCCAGGCUAGACAGGAAGAAUGGCUGAGCCAUUCCAAAUUGAAAUAUAGGUGUUCCUUGUUGAUUCAGAUGAAUGUUAUGAUAGAAACAUUGAUUCUGAAUCAAUGUUACUCCAAAGUCACUUGUUCAAAAUUCCCUGCCAGGCUAGGCAUUUACAAAAAGGAAUCUUUGAGCUUUAGCAAAAGGUAUUUGUUUUUUUUCAGUUCUUGCCUGGGAGUGGCCUAGUGGCAAUUGCAUUGUUUUACUGAUACUGACUGUGAUAGUGCUCUGUAUGGACUCCUUAAUUAAUAGUUUCUACCUUUUUUUGUAUUCAGAUGUGCAGUGCUGCUGAACUGUCUGACAAAAAUGAGUUUCCCACAUUUGGACGCACAUUUUCUGUGGACUCACGAAUUGGACCAAGUAUUAUCAGCCUUCUGAAAAAUACUUAUAAGUGGACUCGAAUUGCUAUCAUUUACCAAAAUAUUACGAGGUGGACAUCCUUAACAGAGUACCUGGAAGAGGAAUUUGAGAAAAAUGGUAUUACUGUGGCCAUGAAAUUUAAAACAGCGAAUGUUCCCAGUUAUGAGCUUGAAGCUGAAGAGGAAUUUAGAAAAGCUCUGAUUAAAAUUAAGCAAACAGCAAGAAGUAAGUACAUGACUUCAUGAUAACCUUUAUUAGUUUAGGCAAUAACCACAUGCCAUAAACUUUGGGUUUUUCUAUGGCUAAUGGCAGGAUUUGGUUAAGGGUUGCUCCUGAAGCCUACGUAAUGGUCUAAUGGACUGAUAAUGUCUCAGCCAGUGGUGCCCUUGUACACGUAACAACUGUAUGUCAACAUAUAAUAGGGACCUUAAGAUACUCUGGACGCGGCCGAGGAGGAUGUUAACCGCAAGUGAAAUGUUCAAUUCUUGGAACUAAUUAGCGUAAUGUCAUGGUGUCGACCUGAAGUUGCGAUGGUGAAAACUAAAAGUUUGGCUGCCUCGUUAAAUGGUGAGUUGGUUUUCUUGUUUUCAGUGCAGAAAUUACUUUUCGUUCAGGAUUUUCAAUCCAUUUUACUUCAAGAGACACAUUUAAGUGUUUUUAGUGUGGUGUUCCCUCAAUAUUGACUCUUAUUUUUUUGCUAUCAAGCCUUUUGGGUUCAGUGUUUUGGUGGCAACCGAGAAUGAAAGCGCAGAGUCUUUCGAUACAAAUGUAACACUACAACUGCUUAUUUUUAAGGGGACAACGUUCUUGCUUUAGGAUAGUAUUUGAAAAAGUUAAGAGACGAGAAGAAUAAAAAUUAUUGGAAAACAAAAAUCUAGGCUUGUAAUAAACUUGAACAUGUGGGAGAAAAUUGAGAUCUUAAACAAGAUGCCAUGGUUCAUUAUUUUAUUAACUUUUAUAAUUCUUUUUUGUUCACUUUCAGUUCAGUGAUGGAGGGGUCUGAAGAUCAAAAUCUCGCCUUAGUGUGGGAAGUUCUCAUGACAGAACCAUAUCAUUUUAAAGCAAGAACAAGGAAAGGGGGAACGUCUGGCAACAAAUAGCUGAUAACCUGAACUCUGAUCAUGCCGUCCAGUUUCCCUCGAAGAAAUUCGGUGGUUUUUAGAGAAACUGGAGUCAUAGCCGGCAGCACAAAUUUUUCUUCCAAUAAAAGAUCGUUAAGGUAUCAAUCAAGCAAGACUUCACGAGUUUUUCAAAAAGACAUCAUGGAGUUAACACACGAAAGAGUUACUUUAUCCUCUCUUGUCAGGCGAGCACUCAAUGCAGCCUGCUCAACCUUAAUUUGCAGUUUUCCUGCCAAGGUGGCAGCGUCCUCGUUCCAGGCUUUCUCCGCAAACCCACGUUUUCUUCACCGCCACGUCCAGUGUAUCUUAAGGUCCCAGAUGUAAAGAGGACAUGUCUGUUUUCCUCUUAUCCACGAAAUUUCAUUCACUUGUUCAUUCACUCACAAGUAAAAUUUUUGUGACUUUUUAGUCUUACUUAUACAUUAAUGUGCUCGCUUCUUAGACCUGGACAUUUCAUUUUUUUAUAGUUGUGUUGGUUAUUGGAGAUUACUUCAUUGGUUUGGAGACCCUUUAUCUUGCCAAGCAAGUGGGAAUGAUCAAUGGAAAGUUUGCAUUUAUUAUAUUUCAUCUCAAUCACAAUUUUAUCAGGAAGGCAACAUCUCCUGGACUCCAAUUUCUCUGGUUUUUCAAUUAUUUGAAUGCUAAGUACAGGUAGGUAACCUCUGCCUGGGGGGGUGGGAGGAGGGAGGUGCUCUUGAUUUCAAGUGACGAGGAUGCUCGAAUGGGGGCAAAAAUCAAAACCCCCCAAAAUUCCUAGGACUUCCAACAGAACCUAAGAAUGUAAUGGGACCACUCUUGACCAGUAAGGCGAAAAAAGAAACACUAGAAGUGCACUGUCCUUUGGGGUGGGGAUAGGGUGAGGGACAUGGCUCUACCCUUGAUGGGAAAAGCUUUAGGAGCUAAGUUGUCUGAAAGGUCAUUCCCUCAUUUUAAUACCUCUUUUACCCAAACAAUGUCAAAUGCAUUGAAACACUCGCUGCUUUAGAGGGAUAUUGUAAGUCAGUUGAGUUCUAAUGCAAAAGCUAACCUACGCAUGCUUCCCAAAUAUCUUAACCAGUAGUGAAAGAUGCUCAAAAGUCAUCUGACAGAAAUGACAGUUAGUAUGAAUGUUGUUUAUUGUGGGAAAAUUUGAAUCUCUCAUCCCCUGUCAGCAUAGAGCAAAGCUCUCAGUUUUCAUGGUUUGUACAAUCUUGAAAACGUCCUGAAUUUUAGAAGUUCCUUUGAAAAUUUGAAGUCCUUGAAGUUAAGGUCCUUGAAAAGUACUUAUUUUCUUUAUUACAGUUUAGGUGUUGAAAAGGCCUUGAAAAGUAAAAAUAAUGUGAUUAACCAUGGCUGAAGAAAUAAAAAUCAAAGAUGACUGUCCUUUGAUUGUUUUUACCGACCAGAAAUUCGAAAGGGGAUUACAGAAUGGAGAUUUAUUGAAUAAAUCUUGGUCCUUAAAAGCUGCAAUUUGUCUGGCUUGAAGUUGGCUUUAAUUUGGCAAUUUGAGUUAAUUUUUUCCCUUUAUCCUGGUGAUGUGGCAUAAAAGUGUUAAUGAAGGUUUCAUGUGAUCCCUCCUACAAAUUUUUUUAAAAAGCUUUUUGCUUUCCUUUUCCUUAAUGAAGAGGAUUCCCAAACGAGACAAGAGUGGACAUCGAGGAAGCCAUGCAGGCUGCUCUUGUUUUUGCUGUAAAAAGUGCAGAAGGGAAGAGCUAUGAGGAUUUUGUUACAGAGUUGAAGCUCAAGACAUCACAGAGCCCUUUCAACAGCUCGCACUACAAUGCUAGCACAGCAACUUGGGGUUAUCGUGUAAGUAUAAAUACUAUAGCUGUAUUUUAUGAAAGUGAACACGAUCCUUGCCAUUGAAUGAACAACCUAAGUGGUUGAAAAAGAACAUGAAAAAAACUCAUGCUUGACCGGGAUUCGAGCCCUGAUCUUUGCAAUGACUGGAAGCUAUGGUCUGUCCAUUAAGUUAAUCAAGCCAAUGGGAGAGCAGGCCAUUGUGAGUUUGUAAUAUACCCGAUGAUGUUGUUUAAUGACACAUUUUCUUUUAGUCUUUGUCGAGCCUUACAACAGAAGGAGUAUAUUUUAUUUCAGUAAACUGUAACACAGAGUUUUGGAGUCUGUCUUCAGAUUAACUGUCUGGUUACAUAGAGGCCCAAGCAUUAAUUUGCAAUUUAAGACUCCUGGUUUUUUUGUACUGGGAUUCAAUUGUUCUGGACUGAGCUCAUGACUUCUUAGUAAAAGUGUUUGGCAAAGUUUUCGUGGGGAAAGUAAGUUAAUGACUCUAAAUAUGCUGCUAGGGCCGAUCAUAUUGUCAAUUAUACAGUGUGUAUUAUACUUUCACAUAGUCAUAAUUUGGCGUGCCAUUUGACAGUUUGAUUUAGCUAUUGUGUUUAGUUUGCAUGACAUUUUGACUCAUUAUUUACAUGCAUUAUGUUGCAGCCUCCAAUAUAUGGAGCCUACCUGUACGAUGCUGUUUAUCAGUUUGCUGUAGCCUUGAAUAUCUCCAUUGGACAACUACCUCCUGCAGAACAAAAUAGGACUCCUUCAGGGCAGGAGGUUUUCUCACAACUUCGCGAUUACACCUAUGAAAGUGAGUGCUGAUGUAGUGUAUUUCAUCUGUAAAGGGUUUGUACAGGUCAUGGAAAACCUGGAAAGUCAUGAAAUUUACAAAUUUCAUUUUCCAGGCCUGGAAAUUCUUGGAAAAUCAAAGUUAUAUUCAGUAAAUUAGUUAUUGCGGAUGUCAAAGCAACAGCAAAGUAAAAUAGAGACAAGUACCGCUAAUUAAAUAGCGCCAACAGAUCAAGUUAUGGUAGACACAAGAAUUUUUGUGUUUUUUGAAAGGGGCUAGGUAAAAAAAUACCCUAAAACAAGGAUGGGCUUGAAAAUUUUCGAAAGUGACAGCUGCUCUUAAGGUCAUGGAGAACUGGAAAAAGUCAUGAGAAAAGUUAUGAAAAGUUGUGGAAUUUUGAAAGCUGAAAAGAGUAUGUACCCUGCUGUAGUCAUGCAAACUACAACACUCUCCUUUUCUUUAGUGAUCAAAGUUAUAACAGUUACAGGUAUUUAAAUUGUUAUUACCACAUUUCGGUUUUUUUUUUGGGGGGGGGGCGGGUGGCGGUCUUCCCCCCAAAUUCUUUUGGCCCUUCUGGCCUCAGUUUGGUCUAAAAAUAAGGGGGGGUGGGCUCCCCGGGCCCCUUCCCUAGAUCUGCCACUGUGUAAUAAUCUUGUCAUUUUGAACAGGGGGAGUGUGACUGGGUGGUCAGGGUGUCAGCAUUGCAAUUGGGUGAUCUUGGCUCUUACUGUUAGUUGGGGUUAUAUACUAUCAAGUUCGGAUCCUUAGCCUGAUGCCUUUAAAUAGCCAAAUAUUUUCCUCCAGCCAAGAGGGGUUUUAAGAGUUCUUACCAAACAUUUUACUUGGCUGGGGAGCCCCUGGUCCCUUUCUUCUGAAAAUCUGGGUCCUUGGAGGAAAGAGUUAUGAAAACCACCUGACAUAAUUAUGAAAGGUGCACACUCUAAAUGAUCUGUGGCUAUUGCCCUAUGGAAAAUGUUUUAUGACGUGCCAGGAGCCAUAUGUCGCAAUGCCAUGUGUAUAAUAUGCAUGACCAAGACAGUGUUCACCUAUUAAGCGGCCACACUCUAUUAAGCAUCCAGUAAUCAAUGUCCUUAAAUAAUUGUAGAUCUGGGAAUGGGGAAUUAAACUACCUCUAUUAAGCAGUUGUGGUCACCUUUUGGUCUUCCUAACAAGAGUUUUUCCGUUGUUUUCGACUCUAUUAAGCGGCCAUCAAGCGCUUCAUACGCUUUGUUUGGCUUCAUUUCAAGAAUAUUAUGAAGGAAAAUACAGUCCGAUAUAGAAGCUGACGACCGAUUGUGGAUCAGUAAUGCUGCUCCCAACAAGCGUUUGUUUCAAUAUAAACUGAUGUUUCUGCCAUAGAUUAAUACUAAUUUAUGACAAAUCUGUGUUGUGCGGCCAAUCUUUACUAAGCCGCCACUUGCAGUUGCCGUAAGUUCAACCCUGUAUUUGCAAUUUUUUCACCAGUUUUCACUAAUUCGUUGCAGGUAUUCAGGGCUAUAGGACCCACCUGGAUGAGAAUGGUGAUGCUGAUUUUAACCUGACUUUAUGGGAUGUAAGAAAGAUUAAAGGCAAAGCCUGUAAGUUGAACCCGGAAACCAAUUGUUUCGAUUCAAGUCGUUUCGAGAUGAACUCAAGCGGUGAAAUUGGACAAAAAUUUCUUAAAUGAUAGUUUGCGCGUGAACAAGCAAAACAUUUUAGGGGAUAAUCUUUGUCCUUUUAAGUCAAGUACCUUGAAGUAUUUACGCCUCAACUGAGUAAACUUGUAUCGAGCGACUUUGUAUCAAAACGACCGGUAACUGUUGAACCCUAUAAUUCUGUAGGGCACUGAAAGCGGCAGUCUCUUUCUUCACCAAGGCGACACAGAAAGCCAAAGAAAUCUACAGCCAAAAGUUAUAUUUCAAAUUGGCACGGAAUCAACAAACGCUUUCUUUCAGUUAAUUUAUUCUUGGGAGCAACUACAGAAUACAGGGCCAUAUCUUAAGGUCUUGAACAGAAGUGUGUCGGUGGCUAGCUAGUCAGCCUCAGGCAGCAGACAAUCAAACAGAGCUGCAAACGACAGCCAGCUGUGGGAGGAAGUUUAACUAAACUUUACCCUUGUUCAAGGACAUCCUCUGCAGGGUAGUUUUCGACUUAAAAAUUCUCCAGACUGAUCUGCAUACAUUUACUUGAAGAAUUAGUUGAGAGAAUUUGAUUAAAGAUCAAAGAAUUUUCCCUUCAGUGAUCAAUGAGAACUAGGAAUAAUACGUUUCCACAUAACAGGUCUGGCUUAUCUUUAAAAUCAGAGGUCUCAGAGCGGUUUAGAAUCCGUAAUUCGUUGGGUAAAUCUUCAGCCGGCUUAAAAAUCUCGCGACAUUUCUCAAUCUAGAGGCCGAAAACUAAAAGCAAUCAUGAGCUGUUCACACCCACGUUUUGCUGCGCUUUGUGUGUGAUUUGAUUGGUCCAUUUGAAGUCAGCUCCCAUUGUGAUUGGUCAGAGUAAAUUCUUUUAUUUUACUUCACUGCUCUUAAAAACAUCUCCAGUAAGAAUGCAGCGGUGCAUAAGCAAAUUGGAGCCAACAGUUCGUUCUUUGAUAGAGAUGCGUUGGUGAAGUUUGAGCCUGGUGAAUACAUGAGAAAGAUGAUUUUUUAAUCAAUCACUCUCCUGUUGGGAGUACUGAUACUUUUUCGUCCGAGCCGCCUGUGUCACUGAUUCAAAACCCACCGUUCUCAGUUGGUUCUUUGUUUCUCCUUCCUUUAGUAAUGGUACCAGUUGCAGACUUCCAAAUCACUUAUGGAAAUUCCUCGGGUAAUGGUUCCAAGAAAGUUUUUCCUCGGCUUGUGUUUCGCAACAAUAUGACCAAGAUUUGGGUUGGUGGGACUACAAUUCCGCCCAAAGACCGUCCAAGAUGCGGUUUCAAUAAUGAACUAUGUCCUCCUACAACAGAGAAGCAGGAAGGUUUGUUUAUUGAUAAUGACACUUUUUAAUCCUUUAUACGCUAACAGAAUUACUCUAGAAAUCUGGCUAAUGACGGCCACAUGUCCCCCUUCUGAAAUUUUAUACAAGGCUCUUCAAGAAAAAGGGCUCAAGGUGUAUUAACAUUUAUAAUUUUUGUACUGCAUGGUUUGAACUUAGUUAUUUUCUUUGACUUAGUUUCUUGUUAGCUGUCUGUUUUUUCUAUCAUUGUGCUUAUCAUGUGGCUUCUUAGAACGCCCUAGGACCAGGCUACCGGUGGAGCCGGCGGGUUAGGGUCACCUCCACUGCGGUCAAAAGUCAGAGGCGUUUUUUGAAUAAUUUUGUUAGGCAUUAAUGGCAACAUAAAAGGGUAACCGUAGCACUACGGUUACCCCCCUCCUUGUUAACAGGCCUUAUUAAGUUAAAGCAACUUUCUUCGAACUUUUCUCAAAAAAAGUAGCUUCUUUCUGUUAAAAACGCUUCUCGCCCGUGUAAAAUUUUGUUGACAAAUGGCGCCAAAGUACGUAUUACCAGAUUCAAUUUUCAAAACUUAGAAAUUUUUUUCGGAAACUUUUAAAAGUUUAGUAAAUUAGUGGCGUAUUAGUAGUAUACAUGUAUUAAUAGUGACCUUAAGAUACACCGUUUCAGCCUACGGGUACGGGUAAGCGAACAUGUGUACCUCGUAGUUUUAUAAAAGGCAACCAUUAUUUCCCAGAUGUGAUAAUGGCGUAACAAUUCUACCUGGUAGCCUACCCGUUUUUCCCGGGUAAGAGGUAAUCUACCCUUAUUUACGGCUACGGCAUGUACGGCUAAUUUAUCCGUACCCGUACACGGGAACGGUCUUUCUUAUGGUCUCAAUUACAGUCUAAUCUCUCCUUGCGGACGCCACUGUAAUACGGACACCUCUCUAUUACGGACAGUUCGUUUGGUCCGAGAAAUGCCAAAAAUCAUACAUUCCCUACCUCUAUAAUACGGACGCCUCUGUAAAUGGACUAUUGGUUCUGUCCCUUUCGUGUCCGUAUUAAAGAGGUUUAGCUGUAUGAUAGUGAGUGUAACAAUUACUUUGCUUAAUUUGUGUCAAAUACUCUCGUGUGACCGCGGUGAAUGAUCCACCCCCUUUCCCCUUCCUGGCUGCUCGCGCUUUCUAGCCAUCUCUUCGUCCUAUACCCCACACAGCCUCCCGCGCAGGCGUUUUUAGGGGAGCUCGUUUUUCAUCCCUCCCCACAAACGCCUGCUCAACCGAAAACAACAUUCCUUUCCCAUUGUUUUAUUUGCGUGGUAAGUGACCAAUCAAAAGUAGUGCAAUAAAGUGUUGACAGGCAAAACGCGAGACGUGACCCUAGAGUUAGCGUUUUCCCUCUUUUCUCUUUCCUUCACUAAGGUUAUGCAGUGUAUGGAGUAUUCUAAAAUUUGACCAAAUCUUAUUUUGCCGCUCUGAAUCUAACAUUUAUUAGAGGUCAGAAAGUUUCCCAGUGUUGAUUUUUGGAAAGUACAAUGUGAUUGGCUAAGCAUGGGAAAGGAAUGUUGUCUUCGGUUGAGCAGGCGUUUGUCGGGAGGGAUGAAAAACGAGCUCCCCUAAAAACGCCUGCGUGGGAGGCUAUACCCCACACUGCUAACUCAAACUCAAGGACAUUUUCAGCUGAACUUUUACUAUGGCUCACUGUGUGGUUUACCUGAUUUUUGAUCAUUUGGUUGACUGUAUCGAGAGUAACUGAAGCUCAUAAUGCUUCUUGCCCUUGUUUGUUUUCCAGACAACAAAACGGAAAUAAUUGCUGGAGUUUCAUGUGGACUUGGCUUCCUUGCAAUUCUCCUUGUAACUAACCUUGUCAGGUACUACUGGGUAUUUGUUAUUAGUAAAAUCCAACUUGUGGUCUAUUAUCAAUGCUGCAUUCUGAUUGGCUGAGCUACUACUGGGCUAUAUGUUAUAGCCCACUAGUAGCGAAAAGUACAGGCUUUUUGGCGGCAAAAAAGGAUUAAAAUGUAGCUUUAACUAGGUAAAUUUUUUUUGUUCUCGAUAUUUUUGACCAGCGAGUUGGAUUUUACUAAAACAAUUAUUCCUCCCGCCCUCGUGACUCAGAGCUCAUUCGGGCUCGAGGAAUAAUUGUUAAUGAACCUUAGUGAACCCUACAGCUUAUUCCAAGAUGGUGGCAUCGUUUCUUUUCUGUGACAUUCAUGUUAAACGAGGCAUUAGGGGCCAAUCAUCUUGAAUACAAAAGAAUAACAAAUUCUCAAAAAAGCUAGACUACUGGUAGACCCUUUGUCUUUAUCCUGGGAUAUCAGAGCAUACGAAAAUAAACAAAGGCGCGUGAAAUUGGCCGUUCGCGAUGGCCUUGCUCGCUUGGGGCCGCUUUUGUCACUCGCGCUCGCGUAUUUCGCUCGCUCUAGUUUGGAUAACAAGGGACUUAUAUGCCUCUGUCAAUAAUUAUGAUCUCUCUUUUUUGUUGGGUGGGGGAGGGGGCACCCUUGAUUACUUGCUUAGCGUGAUUUUCACAUUUAGAGACGUCUUGGGCGAUCGAGACGAUGCGAACCAUUAAAUUGAAACUAUGGUUUUAGCAAAUACGGACAGCUCAUUAUUGCGGACAGUUAGCUUUGUCCCUGUGGAAAGAAGGCCUUUACAUCUUCUCUAAAUUCAAUCCGCUCAAUACGGACACCCGUUAAAACGGACACGUUCCAUGCCCCCCUCAUAUGACUGUAUAGGGCUAAUGUUGUCCAAGGUUGGGGCAUCGUUUGACCGCCCAAGAAGGCAAGAUACAGUUGCAUUAUGUGCUGGUAUUUGUAGUUAUGCCGGUUGCCACCUAUUAGUUCUGUACGUUUGACUGCAAAGCUUUUCACUGUCCUUGAUCUCAUUUUCCAGAAAUUACAGGUUAGAGAGGGAGCUGAAGAACAGGCUGUGGAAAAUUGACUAUAAUCAAUUGGGUUUUGACCGUAGGGCCUCCAAUACAUCUUUAGCAAGUGCCAUUGUUAAUGUAAGUACUACGGUAGAACUCCUCUGUAGCGAAGUCCUAAAAAAACCGGUUGUUUAAUUUUAUGUUCAUCCAUGAGAUAUUUUUUGGACAGUUUUUAUUGCCUCAUUUUGCAUUUUGAGAAAUUUCUCAACUUGCAACUCACGUUUGCCGUUUGCAGUAAACGUGACCCUACAUCUCUCCAAUAUCUUCAAGUUACAACGUCUUGUAACUUUGAAACUCUUACUCUUUAUAUACUGUUUAAUUUACUUGACUUGAUGAAUUUUGCAACUCUCUCUCUUCAUGCAGAAAGACACGCAUGAUCACGACGAGAAUGUACCGCUUAUGAGAGAAGAAAGUAGUGAUGGUAAAGUUACAACCGCUGGUUAUUAUAAGGUAAGAUGCUGUUUGCCUUCGUCACAUAGUUCGACCAUGUGCUUGAACCUCCGAGUUACAUUUAGACCCUGGGUCUUGGUCAGGGCGGACGGGCGAAAAAAGCGAGCGAGCGGUGAAAUAGCGAACGAGCGAAAAACGGGGAGAGUCCUGUAAGCAUCUUUUCAAAUACCUCAAUCCGCCCGGUUCCUCGCCCACUUCUUGAAAAACGGUUUCUAGUGUCAAAUUGUGAAAUGUCAAAACGUGGAAAGGUGCGGUCAAGGAGGGCUUCGCUUGCACGACGUGUUUAUUAGACUCUGCGCUCGCGAAGCCAAAUGAUUGUCGUUAGUGUUGAAGUAAACUGUUACAAUUGACCAAUCAUAGGGUAUACCAGGAGCUGGUAUACCGGAAUGAGGUAGUAAAAACAAUGCUUACAGGCUUUACUUCUCCCCCUGGCCCCAGUUUUCUCUACUAUUUUGAGGCCUGGGUCAGACUAGUGCGGAAAUCGAGCCUGUAACCUCCCACUCUGCAGUUCAGCCACCGUGGGAGCAGAGCUGUCUUUUCGCUUCGUCUUGAGUAGACCGAGGGUGAGAAAUGGAGACUUUGCAUGUAUCCCAUCAAGCCUCUGAAAAAGCCGCAGUCCGAAAUUCUGGACUAGUCAAACUUGUUUUCCUCGUCAAACUGGUUUUUCGAGUGCGAGCAUUCAUUUAUUGAUGGUCAUAAUCAAGCCCGCAGUACAGAGCGCACGGUUAUUAGGCCUGGGUGCGAGUCUGUAUCCUAGCAACGUGCAGCGCAUUCUCAAGAUCUUACUCGAUUCAUGCGGUGUCUUUCUCGAGUACGCCUAAAGCAGGGUGCAGUUAAGCCCUCUAUAGACAAACCUAGAGCUGCUACGGUUACAGAACAUUCUGCUCUUGGGUUCGUAUCGCACAGUUUGCUUCUCUACAAAUCUAUUCGAUUCAUCUGUGAGCGUAAUGUACUUUUGACAAGUGGUCAACCCUACUAACAGUUGAGUACGUUGUAAUGUUAAAUUUGUGACCAAUAAAAUAUUGUUAACUUCACUGUUGAUGAUAUAUCUUCCUAAAUCUACCAUCAAAAUUUGUGAUCUUCCGUAAUCUAUCGAAGGUGUUUUGCGUGAUGACAUGGCACAGGUUCUGCUGUGUUCUGAUAGGAUUUAUGUAUAGUUAUUAUCCAUUGUUUGUACCCUAUCUCUGCCUUGUUAGCUUCUUGACUGUGAAGUGUGUCUAUUUAUACCCGUAGGGAAAUAUGGUGACAAUCGCCAAACUUCCUAAAGGACAAAUAGAUCUGACGAGGAAAGUCCUUUUAGAGCUAAAACAGGUUUGUAUGACCAAAAAUGCGGCUCCGGGUGUUGGUUUAAUGGUUUGCGUGUUAGUGAAGAAUCAUUGUCAGCAUUGUUUCGGAAUGGACGCUGGGCAGGUUGUUAGUCACGUGAUACAAAAUCACCAUCCUGGGUAUGCUAGAAACGCGUUGGGACUGUACUGUAAAUCAUGGACGCGUGACUGCCGGACCACGGUCAAAGGGCCUAUUGGUGUUGCACUAAGUUGCAAAAUAAUACAAUAUUAAUAAUAAUGAAACACUGGCUACCAGAAACUCCUUUUUAAUAAAGGAGCACUGGGUUGAAAUUUACUCCAACCAAAAGGCGAUUAACUACAUCUUACCUUCCAAUCUUAGAGCCAUUGUUGAAACUCGGCCUCCCAAGCUACCCAAUUGACUCCAAUUCUCUCUCCCCCUUCCAUCCCUGGCAUUUUAUGGGCCUCCCCCCGAGCUUCGCGAGGUUCUGCGAUACACGUAUUUCUAGUAACUAAUGAUAAUCUACGUGAUAUGCUAAUUUAAAUUUAUUACAUACAUAAGUGAGUUAACGCAACAGGACGGCAGGAAGAAGAGGACGGCAAAAUGCUCGUGUGUGACAAACGUGACAGGGCUAUUACUUACGUGUUUUGUCGUGAUCUUUACUUAACAUUAAUGUUUUCCGGUCUUUUACUAAAAAGAUCUGUUUAAAGGAAAGUAAAGUUUGGCGAAAAGUUAUUUCAAACAAAAUUAUUCUCACACUUGUCACACAAGGUUUGCCGUGUUCUUCCCUCUUCAGUCCUGUUGCGUAAGUUCACGAUUAAGAGGAACGCACCUUAACCGGAAGGUGACCUUUUGCAUUCUUGGGCCGUGGUUUUGCCCAAAUAUCUCUAUAAGACGAAAGGCCGUUAGCAAUUCAAAUUUGGAAGCGUCAUGGCAUAUUAGUAUAGGUAAUAGCGUGAUUUGUAGUGAUAUUUGGGUAAAAAAAAUCCCCAAAUAUCGGGUAUUUGAUAAGUGUCAUGUUGAGCUUGAGUGCUUCAUUAGCUUCCCAGUUCGUUGUGUUGGCCAGAUCUGUGUACUUAACUGAGCUCUUGUUUUUGUCUUUUAGAUGCGCGACAUAAGACACGAUAAUUUGAACCAAUUUAUUGGUGCUUGUGUGGAACCUGAAAUUUGCAUUGUUAUGCAGUAUUGUUCAAGAGGAAGUCUACAGGUAACGGGAAUUUAUAAAAGGAAAUUUUUACCACCGUCUUGUUUCCGUUUGCAGCAUUGGUUAGCAUAAAUUAACAGUAAGCCACUAGCUUGUCAGAUUGUUGCUGUUAAGAAACUGAAAUUCGGGAUUUAAUAGACCUAUUCGGCUAACUCAAUGUUGUACCCAAUUCAAACCCUUUGGGAAUAAAACGUUUUGUUUCAGGAAUUUCCAUAUCAUUUAAAUGUGAAUGCCACAUUAUAAUGCAAAUACAAUACACAAAGAAUCUUAUCCCCGGGAGAUUUGAAUUGGGUACAACAUUGAGUUAGCCGAAUAGGUCUAUUCAGCUUCAUGUUUUACACCUUUCCAGACGAGUCCUUACAACUCCCAAAACCCAAGGUAACAACCAUUGUAGUCUCCUCUUUCUCAGCUAACGAAAACUAGCCGUAAAGGCAUUUGAGGCUCACACGUAUCAGUCAAAUGUGAGUUCAGAUACAGGCGACUUAGGUUCGCCUUUCAUCCAAGAGCUAAAGGCCUUACAUAUUCAGAUUCAAAGCUCUAUGAUGUAACGCAAUACUUUUGUCACGCCGCUGUUCAGUAACCUCUAAGAGUCUCUGUUGGGGUAUCGCUGACAGCCGCAAUUAGUUUUCAGUUCUCUAUUUUCCGUAGCUCUCAGGUAGCAAUUAAAAUCCGUUGCCGUUUACUCGCACCUUGUAGUGCAGGCGUUUUCUAAUGGUGACUUGGGCACAAGAACUUGGUUCGCAAUGGAUUGUAGGAGCGUGUUUGUGUGUGUGUGUGUGUCGCCGGUGGGGAAUGGGGGAGGGAUGUGAGUAAUGUUUAGGGAGCUCAAGCGACGCAUGUCAACCAGAAGUGGACUUUUUACAUUCUUGAGCGGUGGUUUCGCCGAAAAUUUUCAGUCAAAUCGUCUCUUUCAGAGUAAAGAAGCAAAGGAGUACAAAUUUUAUAUCAUCAAGGCGUGUUGAGAGGGAAGAGGACUCGCUUCCGGUUGACGUCCGUCGUCUUUGCUUAAGCUCUCUUUUCUCUGCUUUCGAAACCAUAGGUGGCCACUUCUCACAUAGAAAUAAGUGAGCGAUAGCUCUUCCUUUUCGCUUGAAAAAUACCAUUUGAGUGUCCAGUCAGAGUUUUCCUGUUUCUCCAUGGAUCUUCAACCUGAACGUAGUUUCACCAUGUGCUAUAGGAGCAGGACUCUGUUUGUCAUGAUGAAAGCCUCAAGGGCCCGUGUAUUGUUACGGUCAAUCAAAAUGGUUCGAAAGGGCUGUCAUGCACUUAGCGUAAUUGCAGUUUUAAUUUUUGCUUCUAUCAGGACAUUUUGGAAAAUGAAGACGUCAAGUUGGAUCACAUGUUUAUGGCGUCACUGAUAGCAGAUAUAGUCAAGGUAUGUUGUUGUUGCAUCCUGUGAUUUUCCAAUGUUUUUGCUUGGUAUUGCCACUUUUGCCACUAGUAUUAUUACUGCUCUGUUUUGUUGUUGUUACUACAAACUGUUAUUUAUAUUCCUCUAGGGGAUGUCAUACAUGCACAACACUGACGUGAAAUCUCACGGCAAUCUCAAAUCAUCUAAUUGUUUAGUGGACAGCCGCUGGGUUCUGAAAAUUACAGAUUAUGGGCUACCGUCGUUUAGAGCGAAAGUAAAAAAGAACCGGGAAGACUACGCCUAUUACCGAGGUAACACAAUGGGAUUUCAUUACACUAACGAGUCUCUGUCACGUUAUUUGGUAUCUUUUUAAAAAGUUAAGAAGAAAGACUGUCCCCUUUCAAUAUAUGCCAAGGAGGAAAAACUUAGAAAAAAAGAUUCAACCAACUGCCUCGCUUAAGUGGAAGGUGAGUGCCUGGGAUACCUAGGGGCUUCCAUUGUGGCCAGCCAGCCCCUAGAUGGAAUACUGCCCCCAUGGCUGGCAAAGCCCCGCAACCCAGUCAUGAGCCCCCAUUCAAGGCACCCGUUACACUGAUGAAACAGUGGGGGUGGGGGACAGACGCUAAAGCAACCGCUCCACAGACCGCUGCACAAACGCUAAACGAAGAACUCUAAGAUCCCAGCAGUGUACAAAGCUUCCACGUACCAUGUGAGCCUGCACUUAUGGGAUUAACCGCUGGAUGUCGCUAAGCUCAUAGACCGCUUGACCGCGAAUCUUGUGGACCGCUUGACCGCUAAGCUGGCGUACCGCUCGGUCGCUAAGCUCGUGGUGGUUACAUCUAAUCAAAUUCAAUUGCAAAGGAGCUCUCCUUCCUUAAUGACCCUUUUAAUCAAAUUAUAUGCCUCACGACGUCUUGUGGUACUAAAGUGUAAUUGGUUCAUCGUUUUCCCUCAUCUUAUUUUAGAUUUACUCUGGGUUGCUCCAGAGCUUUUGCGGAUCCCUAAUCGGCCUCCGAAGGGAACCCAGAAAGGUGAUGUCUAUAGCUUUGCUAUAAUUUUACAAGAAUUCCACACCAGAGAAGGGCCUUACAGCGCUAAUUUCAUGGAACCUAAAGGUAGGCUGGUAGCUGUUUAAAAUUGUCUUAGCCAAAGAAAAAAAUUCUAAAGUGGCAGUGGGGCUUUUAGGUCACUCAUGUUUUCAUCAACUUUUUUUCGGUUUUUAAUUUAAUGUUUAGUGUAAAGGGAAGUCACCUAUGCUUUUCUGUUGUUAGUAGUUUGCUGGUGAUGAUCGUUGGCGAAAUGCCAAGGUCUUUUUCCUGCCUUUAACUUUAUCUUGAUUUGAUUUUUAGUAAGUUGUCUGUUACUAUUAGUAGUUAGGAUGCUAAGACUUUCUUGUAGGCAAGAUUGGAUAUUCGCGUCAAUUCACUUAAGUUGACCCAUACACAGAUUCCUGAUCUAGAUGCGAGCGAGCGUUUCUUGCUGUUUCAAAAACACGUUUUCUAUUGUCUUAUUUAGUUUGAUAACGUUCCCCUUUUUUCUGGAUGAAUCACAACGUCUUUAACACCGUGUAAGAAUCUGUUUAGAGUAUUUCCAGCUGACGACAUCACUGAUAAGAAAACGACAGGGUACUGACGCUACGUAACCCGUGAAAGUAGAAGACUACCACGUACAAUUGUGAACCAAUUCCAUUGUCUUGUUUUGUUCACUUGUAACUAUUUGGCAUGAGUUGUUAGUAUCUGUUUCACGAGCUAGGUAAAAUUAUUCUUAUAUCGGUGAUUUUUUCACCUUUGCGUCGUGCGUCCCUGACGCAUAAAAAUCCUCAAAGACGCAAAAUAAUUUGUGGUAUGCGUCGCGUAGAAUAUCCUGUUCGUGUUGUGCGAUUUCUGUGGCUGUUCUUGUGGCUGUUGUUUAACGGCGCAUAUUUGUUUUAGUCUUUGUUGUUCUUCACAAUAGAAGGAGUAUAUUUUUUUUUCAGUAAACUGUAAUACAGAGUUUUGGAGUCUGUCUUAAAGAUUAACUGUGUGGUUACAUAAAGACCCAGGGACUCGUGUUUUUUAACUGGGACUUAAUAGUUCUUGACUGGGACUAAUGAUUUUUCAGAAGCUGAGUUCCAGCACCCACCAUAACUAUUUGUAACAAAAUCACUGCUCUAUUAUUGUUCACGUGCUAUUUCAUUCGUAUGAAUUGUUUAAAAUUAUUUAUUUUGAUCUCUGUAGACAUCAUGCGUAGAGUUAAAGAAGCAGAGUUCCCACCAUUUCGGCCAACAGUCACAACACUGAUAGCAGGCCUUGAGGAGAUCCGGGAAGUCAUGAAACAGUGCUGGGUUGAGAACCCGGAUGAAAGACCAGAUUUCCAUGAGAUCAAGAAGACCAUGCACAAGGUGCUAGUCAAUAACGGAAUGUAAGUACCUAUCGACUUUAAAUGUGUUGUUUUUGUUGUCAUUUUUCUUUUCGCAGUGAAGUGUGGUUACCUUGUUUUUAGAGUCCAUAUCUAUGAAAUUGCGUAUGUAAUACUCAUGCGGUGUACAGGUUCUGCGACGUUUUAGUUGCUGCAAGCGUUGCACAAGAUGACCUGCCUGUUGCAGCAGGGCUUUAACCAGUUGGCUAAACAGAUUUUUAAACUUGAUUAACCCUGUAAGUCCCAAUAGUGACCAAGAUCAAUUUUCUCCUAACAAUAUCCAUAUGUUACCAAGAGAAAUGGUUACGAGAGUUAAUAAAAUGAUCAAAUUGAAAAUGCUUUUGAUCUUAUGGAAAUUCGGGUUAUUCCUUAAGGCGGGUUAUAGAGAUCAGUUUGGAGAAUCCCCCAUGGGGAUAUUGGGUAAAAAGGGUUAAGACUGCUUGUUUAUUGAAGUGCAGGUAAAGCGAGAAAUUAUGUUCAGUUAUAAACUGUACCAUUUAAAAGGCUCAAUUCCAAGGUUUGAGAUAUUCUGAGUGAUUUCAAGACUUCGUUUCUGUUGUUUCUCUCCAAAGGAAAACCAACAUCUUUGAUAACAUAGUCUACAUGAUGGAGAAGUAUGCGGAUAAUCUGGAGGAACUGGUCAUGGAAAGAACCGGUCAACUGAUCGAGGAGAAGAAAAAGACAGACGCUCUCUUGGAAAGGAUGCUACCAAGGUUUCUUUCUUUCAUUAUUAAGAAUAAUAAAUAAAUGAAUAAAUAAAUAAAUAAAUAAAUAAAUAAGUAAAUGCAGAUAGGAAGGUAGAGAGAAGUGCACCAAUAGGAAGUAGGGAGACCGACUCGAAAACCAUAAAACCGGGACUGAGACACGUUGCAGUUUUUAGUUGACAGUCUUGUUUGCAGGCAUCAGAUAUCACAGCCAAGUUGACAAGUUUCUGUUAUUGCGUUUACCUGGGGUUCGUCGGCGUAGAAAAUUUAGAAGGAACUUUGGAGCAGAGGUCGUUGUUGGCUUAGAGCCUAUUUUUAUUUUGUUUAGUGAGAAUAUGUCAAUACUGUGCAGUGAAAACAUGUGCAUAGUUGGGGAUUCAAUUCUUAACUAAUAUGAACUCGUAAGAGUGAGCUCUCCCUCCCACCUACUCACCCCUCGCCAAACUCUUAUUUCAACGGAAACCGCUGGUCAAUUCGAAAUUUGAGCUCGUCUUGACUCAGCGGCUCAUGGCAUACGCCAUUAAAGUCCGAUAACAGGUCUGAGGCUCAGUGAAAAAGAAAGCUGUACUAUUUAGACCUGCGAAUUCCACAGGAAGCCCAAGUAACCAGUUUAUGAGCUUAUCGCGAAUGCGGUAUUCAUGAUUAUCGUUAUCAAUAAUCACGUUUUUCUGAUUUACCCGACUCCUCACCACAACGAACGGUACCUUGGUGUCGGGACUGGAAGCUCUACCUUCUCGCCAUGUCGUUGACUGGUCAAGUCGAUUGUUGCGAUUGCUAGACAACAGCGAUAUUGUGAAAAAUCGUUUUCCUUUGCACUAUCACGGUUUUUUUUAAUAGCACUCUUUUGAUGUCGGAAAUCAAGUGAGAAUGAAUCGUCCUUGUACUGAUAGAGAAAAGGAAGAACUAGUGCAAGGUAUACAUAUGCAUCACAUCUGGUAGAUGAGGUAGACAGAUAGUCCUUUUUUAGGGUGAGUUUUGUUUCUUUCAAACUCAUUUCAUAUUCCAGUUCAUUGCGUGGUAAGAAGAGCACCCUUAAUUUCUUUCUGCUUUUGCGUGCUUUACAGACCUGUAGCUGAGCAGUUGAAAAAAGGACAGACAGUUGAAGCAGAGAGCUUCCAUGAAGUGUCAAUUUACUUCAGCGAUAUUGUAGGAUUUACUAGUCUGUCAUCGGGGAGUACACCAAUGCAGGUACAACAUUGUCGCAUUUUAUCACAUGUUGCGUUCCUUGUGGCAUCAGGAGAAGUGGUAAAAACUGUUGUCUUCAGGUUGUUCCCACCGCUUAACGGGAAGACUUGUGGUGUUUUUGCCACUUGUAUACUCCUUUUCCCGCCAUUGUAAAAAUAAAAAGAUGGUGUCUAUUUGCCCUCUGUCAAUCACUCGAGUAUACUAGACUUGCAAUUUCUGGGGGAGUAGGUCCAACCAAAAUAAGCCCUGUUAAGCAGGAGGCUAGAAAACGUUCCCGUGCUGUUUGUCUGAAGGGCUAGGAAAAAGUCCCGUCAGGUAGUCCGGGACAAGUAGAUUUUCUUGCUGGGCAAGUAACAUUUAAAGCUUACUUACCCAAUGGGCAGGAGUCCAGGCAAGUCACCCUCUAAUAAAAUCAUUACUUAAGCGAGGGUUCACACUCACCUUGAAAAUCCUUGCAAAUUGCAGUCGGUGCUGGAAAGUCCUUGAAUUUCAAUGCUAAAUUAAUAGUUUAAGGAGAACUGCAAAGGAAAAGAAGCAAACACGGAAAGACCUUCGGGAUAAAAUUUCUCAUGUUGUGGAAGAACUAAAAAAGACAUAGACUCCAGGCUCUUUUUUGCACUGAAUGGAGUCCUUUAAAAAUGCUAAAUGUGUCCUUGAAGGUCCUCAAAAAGUCCUUGAAUUUUUUGUUCAAAAAAGGGUACAAACCCCGUAAGCAAGAAGUGGCCCCCUGCAAGCAAAGAGUUUUCUUCGACCCCUGUAACUGGCAAGGCAAAUUUCUUUUUCUCAAAACAUUUCGAGAUGUCUUGCAUAGUCUUCCCAAGGUGGAUCCUCCCCGAGUACACUUGGUUUGACCACUUUCCAAAUAUUUAGACAUCUGAACUGAAACGUUUUUAUUUAUUGCAGGUUGUUACCCUUCUCAACGAUCUUUAUACACUGUUUGAUGACAUCAUCCAAGAAUAUGACGUGUACAAAGUAAGUGGUUGAAACACAGCUGAUGACGUAGGACUUCUUUCCUCGUUAGUUAUCUCUUUCAGGCUUUACUUAUUGUCGCUUGCAAGAAAGCAAUGAUUUUAUGACGGUGCUGUACUCCAGCACCCUCGAAGCUUUUUUUCAGUGCGAUUUGGGCAGGAACAUCGCAUGUUGUACCCUCUGGAUUUACAGUCCUUGUAUACUCAUAGUAACUGGGGAGAGUUGUACCACUCACUUAUCACCCUCGUUCUUCCAUAUUUCCCGAAUUGAUCUGGUGGCUUAUUAUCCAGAGAAAAGUGCUUCUGAUUGGUUGACGUAAAUUUCCCUCGCGGCACGACCCUUCAGAAGUAUUACUCAGACCUGUGUAGUGACAUGUCCCGAGUAUGGAAUUUCUGUGCUGGUGUCUCAUACGUCAUUUUGCGGGGAAACCAGUGGUGACGUCGUGAAAUGCGGGUAUUUUCUCACGCCAGGAACCCUUAUAACGCGCUUAUUUCAGCCCAAAAAAUGGCAAACAGCUAGUUCAGCAAUUCGUUCCUCACGUUUUUUUCCUUAGUAAUCUUCAUAACGGAAAUUUUCACAAACACAGGGCUUUAUAGGAUUGAAUGGCUCAAAGUUGUUCAUUAGUGUUGUCAUCAGUUGAAGCAUAUCCAGUUGCUUCCCUCCAAGUUAAUCUGCUUUAUGUUUCUAUUGCUAUUUAAGGUUGAGACAAUUGGUGACGCCUACAUGGUUGUAUCUGGAUUACCAAUCAGGAACGGCCAUGAGCACGCUGGUGAGAUAUCCCGGAUGGCGUUACACUUGGUAGAAGCUGUGAAGAAAGACUUCAAAGUUCGUCACAAACCGGAUCAUCAACUGAAACUCAGAGUUGGACUUCAUAGCGGUAACUUACGUGUAGCAAUAGGCCCUUUCCAGCUAGUGCUUCACGUGGUACAAAACCGCCACGCUGAAGACGCAGUGGGAAAAGAAACACAAAGGAAAUAACCAUUUUAAAUGAUGUGAGCUCUUUUGUCUUGUCCCAGUGCGUGUCUUGCUCUCUAGCAUGGCGGUUUUGUACCACGUGAAUGACGUUUCGCCCCAUGUAAGGGAAUGCGGAUUCCAGAAUCCGGGAAAAUUUUUCUCGUGGAAUCUGGAAUUCUGGGCUUUGGAAUCCGGAAUACAGCUCAAGGAAUCCGGAAUCCCACUAACGAUUGGAAUCGGGAAUUUAAACUGUUCCACUGAGAGUUGGGAUUCACUACUUGGAAUCCAGAAUCCACGGCGUGAAAUCCAGAAUGCAAGACUGUCUUAGAUUUCUUUACAUGGGGCGAGACGUUGGGUGAAGUUGCGCAUCCUUGAGUGGAACGCACUAGUAAAGUCAUUACACUUUCUCAUACCAGUGGGUGUGUGUUUUUCCCUUGCAGGUCCUUGUGUGGCGGGUGUGGUCGGGAACACGAUGCCUCGUUACUGUUUAUUUGGUGACACAGUUAACACUGCUUCAAGAAUGGAAUCUAAUGGAGAAGGUUUGUACCAUGGAUCGUCGUAAAACCACCUCACUCUUUUGUAGCGAACGUUCAAUAUAGUUAGUGCUUUGUUGUUUUGUUAUAGCUCUCCGCAUACACAUCAGUGAGGCAACAAAAGAAAUUCUUGAUGACCUCGGCGGCUUCGAAGUUGAGGAAAGGGGAGAAGUGUUUUUAAAGGUGUGUAAUGUUUAUCGUCUUUGUUUUUUUUUUUCAUUCACCCACACGUACAGAAAACUCGAACAAGCGUUUUACCCAAAAACAAACAUAGCCGUUAUCGCAAAGCCAGUCUGAGUGGACAGUGCAGUUGCAAAUUUAGAACUUUUCCGUAAAAAUUUAUUUUUGCAGGGAAAAGGCACGUGGAAGACGUACUGGCUGAUAAGUGCUGUUCCACGGCUAAGCGGUAAAGUGAACAAGCUCCUUCAUCCAAAUGGUACCCCGCUAGUGAACUACCUCCAAACUCCAGGCCAUCAUUUCGGUUCCAACAGUUCACUGAACCUCAAAAGACAAGACUCAAUGCGCCGAGGAGGGAAGAAUAUUUCACCCUGCCCUAUGAAGAAAAAUAUGCACAAAGUGACGAUUGAGGACGAAACCACAGCUCUGUUAAAUCAAACAUCAGUAUGACCAAUGCAUGAAUUUCCGAGUCCUUCAUCGACAUCCAUCACAACGCAGAAGAUAAAUCUGAUUUACCGAAAUACUUGGCAUAUUUUGGGGGAUGGUAGGGAUUUCUUAAUGCAUAUGGGCUUUCUAAGAAAUGCUCAAGAUGGCUUUUUCCCCUCUUAAAACAUUACCCGUGGGAUCUUCCUCAAGAGAAUCUGAAUGCUGUCAGGAGAAGCAAGCAAGCAGGUUGUACUGCACAAGUCGCCCAGAAGUCGUCACCUGAUUUGCGGCUAUGUGGAACAACUCAUGUUUUCACGUUGAUCGUUGUGAACUUUUACGACGAAAGAUAUACAGAUGAUUUUUCAAUCGAAAUAUGGUAGUGUGCUCUUCAAAAGCGUCGAGACUUGCAUACGUUGCUUAAUGAACAUUCCACUCUGUGUAUUAUAACCAACCCAUUCAUUUCAAUAUGUGUCCUUUUACUUCAAACUGUCCAGACCUUGUUGUUGAACACACAGCUCUCCGCAAGGAUCUGGGACAAUGAAGGGAAGCUCUUAAGCUACGCUUCUAUAUAGUUAGCGCAAGUGGUUGCAUUGUUUAUCGCUUGUUUUUGUAUGGUUUAUAACUUGUAAUCCGUGGCUUUCAUUUGUCCCCCAAAAUCCGCAGUUCAUCAAAAGCGUCUUACUCUUAUCAGUUUUUAUUUCAUUGCAUACCAUUGAAAGAUGUUAAAAGCUGGGUGUAUGAAAUCCGUAAAACUUUCAGUUGUAAAGGCUAAACAGGUUCCCGUGCAACGGGGGUCUAACUGGAAAAUUUUAGCCGAACAGGUGCUGAAAAACUAGUCUCUCACUUGCGGGUUCUUACUAGUUUGCGUUGAAUAGCGCGUAGUAUGCCGUGGUUUAUCAUUAUCAUCGUGAUCAUCAUCAUCAUCAUCAUCAUCAUCAUCAUCAUCAUCAUCAUCAUCAUCAUCAUCGUUAUUAUUAUUCCAAAUAAUACUAAUUUGGUACUACCGUGAGAUUUGUGCGACGGAUCUCCAAUAAGAAAAUGAAUCUCUAGUUUUCCGAACGUUAGAGUUUGAGUUUUUUACUGCAAUGAUUACUGUCGUGGUUAAUAUGUUAGAAAUGGUUUCCGUUACAAAACGGUCUCCAAAACCACCUUGGUACAGACAUUUGGCUCCGGCUUUAAGUGACUUGAGUGGGUGGACGGGGUCGGGUAGUUGGCCUCAACCUCCUCGCUCAUCCACGUCCGAGAGAUAAGAGGCAACUGACAGCCUCUAAUAAUAUAGAAUGGCGCUGUAAAGCAUGGAAGUCAGUUGAUUUUUAUUUUGAUUUGUAAAUACGUCAAAACGAAUUGCCUUAGUGUCAUAGGCAAAAUAGCGUUGAAUGAGGAGGCUCGAUUACCAGCGGAAGGCCAAUCAGUUGAAACCGCCUUGUAACGCUCAGGCUACGUUUUGUUAGUUAAAGGUUGAUGAUAUCUUCUAAGCAGUACGAAUAUAAUAGUAGCCUGCCUUGAUGAGCUCCAUUUGGAGCACAGAGAAGUACAAUUAGCAAAAAGUAUUCAAAAUUCCCAACUUCAGUGUUAUUGUAAAUAGAAUUUACGUUGUCUUGUUUUAGUUUCACCUCAAUGUAAAAAUGGACGAUAUUGUCAAGCACUAGGCAAUGUUUUUAUCCCGUCAACUAUGUACUGAUACCGUAUUCCUCUCUUACGAACUGCCUCACACUGUGGAAGAAAACAAUAUAUGCAAAGGGCAAGUUUGAGGGAGUUAGAGAAAACUAUUAGGUGUAAAAAAAUAUAUUUACAAAAAUAUACAAGAUAAACAUUUUUUUCAUCUCUGAGAGGUUUGCGAUAGGUGUAGUCUAAGAGAUUGAGAGUUCACCCUAAAUGUUUUUUUAAAUUUUAUUUUCAAUUUUUCUGAGGACUGUCACAAUUUAUUUUAACUAACAAAGUUGAGUGUUC